ACGUGACCAGGAUGCGCAUCUGCACGGGAUGGGUCACGCGUACGCUCGGAUGAAGCCGCGAGAAUGGAAGUGGUUGGAUGUGGCGCAGAGGUUGAAAAAGGUGGGCAUGGACAGAGACGCAAAUCGGUGUCGGAAGAAGUGGGACAAUUUGAUGCAGCAGUUCAAGAAGGUGCAUCACUUCCGAGGCUUGUCCGGGAAACAAGACUUCUUCCAAUUCUCAGGGAAGGAGAGGACAUCGAAGGGCUUCAAUUUCAACAUGGAUCGUGCGGUUCACGGCGAGAUACUAAGGUCGGCCGCCAAGAACCACACCAUAAACUCGAAGAACGUCGCCGACACCGGUGCUCCUGGUGGUGUGCGUCUGCCGUCCGCCUCUUCUGCGGAUCCUGAAUCUGUAGGCGAUGGGGGCGCUGGUGCAGGGCACGACGACGACGACGACGGGUCGGCGAAAGAUUCUUCUCAAACGACGGGUAGCCCUAGCGGUUUCGGCAAGAGGAAGAGCACGAGGCAACAAACUUUCGAAGCGAUGACAGAAUGCAUGGAGAAGUACGAUGCGCUAAUGGCGUCGACGAUGGAGAACAACAGCAAGCGUUAAUGCUCCAUCCAAAUACGGCAGUGCGAGGCAUUGGAAG